AUGGCUUCUUCCACAGCCUCCAACUUCUUGGGUACUCAAAUCUUCCUCUCACCUCCGACCCCAAAAACAACUAAAUCUUUGCCCAGAAAAUUUCUAGUUCCCCAAUCAAUCCUUGGAGGGAAAAAAUCCAAUAGUAUUUCACAAUCCUUGAAGGAUAUUCCAUCAAAAGCCACACUAGCUGCUCUACUAUUUUCCUCAAUCAACCCACGAGCUUUAGCCGUGGAUAACACUGCCCCGCCAACUCUGCCUCCGGUAAUUCAAGCCGAAGCCCCACAACCCAGUCCUUCAAACCCAUCUCCCUUUUCCCAAAAUCUGAUCUUGAAUGCCUCACAGCCCCAAGCUCAGCCCUCUACUGACCUCCCAGAGGGGUCCCAGUGGCGGUACAGUGAAUUCUUGAAUGCUGUCAAGAAGGGUAAAGUGGAGAGGGUAAGGUUCGGCAAAGACGGUAGUGCCCUUCAGCUCACCGCCGUGGAUGGCCGCAGAGCUACUGUAAUUGUGCCUAAUGACCCCGACUUGAUUGACAUUUUGGCAAUGAACGGAGUUGACAUUUCAGUUUCUGAGGGUGAUUCUGGCAAUGGUCUGUUUAAUUUUAUUGGGAAUUUGCUUUUCCCAUUUCUCGCUUUUGCUGGCUUGUUCUUCCUUUUCCGGCGGGCUCAGGGAGGACCCGGUGGGCCUGGUGGUCUCGGCGGGCCUAUGGAUUUCGGCAGGUCCAAGUCAAAGUUUCAGGAGGUUCCUGAGACUGGUGUUGACGAUUUCCACUCCCAUUUCCCCAACCACCGCCUCCUCCAUUUCCACCACCGCCUCCUCCCCCACCCCAAAACAAUAGAUGGGAUUAUCUGA